UUCUGAGAGGCCAAAAGCUAAGAAAAAAAUUACAGUGAUUAUUCCGGGACUAAAAACAUGUUUAACCCCAAAGUUUUAAAUCUAAAAUAUGGAAGAACAUGUGUGUAUUCAUGAAAGAAUUGCAAGAGAGGCGAAGAAUGACGAAGGGAGAAAACGGCGAUUCCGUUUCAGCAAGGGGCGGUCGUCGCACUCGAUCGCAAGUGGCUCCUGACUGGACCGUAACGGAGUCGCUGAUUCUAGUAAAUGAAAUCGCGGCGGUUGAGGCCGACUGUUCGGCGGCGCUGUCCUCGUACCAGCAGUGGGAGAUCAUCGCCGGAAACUGCGCCGCCUUGGACAUCGGUCGGAACUUGGGGCAGUGUCGGAGGAAGUGGUACGCGCUGCUCGAUGAGUACCACAACCGCGGAGGACCCUUGAACUUGGAUCCUGAAUUGUUUGAGGCCAUCCAGCGAGUUGUCAAGGCACGUCAAGAACGCCAUCAGGUUGAUCCCGAAAGCGAUCCUGAACCGGUGAAUGAGGAUCUCGAUGCUACCCUCGAAAUUGGAUCCAGAAGAAAAAGGCAACAAAGUAAAUCUGAGAGACACCGCAUACAGAAACCUAUGAAAUGUCAGCCAGUUGAGUCUUCAGAAAACCUCUCAGAAAAACAGGAUCAAAGAGACACUCUUGAGCAAAGGUCUGAGGAAAGCCAUGAAGAUGAGCCUGAGAAUCAUCAUUCAGAAGAAGAGUAUUUGAAAGACUUCCUAGAAGACAAAUCUAAGAUGAAACAUACUGCAAAAAGGCCUCCAAAGUCCAUAGAGAUGCCACUAAAGAGUCUUGCUGAAGCAGAGCUUCAUGAGAACCACGAUGUAGAAAGGCCAAAGCUGUCGUCCAGGACAGCAGAGAUAACAAUUAGCAGGGAAGAAGUUGAGAAAACAUUGACUCUGAAAUUGCAAGAGUUGGGAAUAGAGAUUCAUGAAAUUGGUGCUGAAUCAGCAGAAGCUGGCUCACAUAAUGUAGAGGACGACCAUACUGAAUUUAGAAGGCGCCAAGGGGACAAGUUCAUAGCAAGCCUGGGAAAUUUCAACAGCACCCUUGAGCAAUUAUUUGAUCUGCUUCAAGAUUGUAAAUAACAUUACACUUUUCUUUUUGUAUUUAUUUCCUGUUCUGGUUAGUGAAUGAAUGCCCCCAUUGGAGAAUGAUGUUUAUACUCGAGUUCACUCA